AUGUCGUCGUCCACCGGAGGAAGACACGGCGGUGACGGAGGUGAGGGAGGGGGGGGAGGGGGGGAGGACCUGCGGAAGGUGGAGCAGCAGGUGGAGCAGCUGCUGAGCGGUCAGGGGUCAGAGGUCAGCAGCUGCGACGUGGGCCUGGACCAGAGCAAACCUGCGACGCUGAGGAAGAACGUGACCUUCAUCGUCUGCGCCGUCGUCUUCAACGACGAGGACCAGGUGCUGAUGGUGCAGGAGGCGAAGCAGGACUGUUACAAACUGUGGUACCUUCCUGCAGGCAGGGUGGAGGUGGGGGAGAGUCUGGAGGAGGCGCUGAGGAGGGAGGUGAAGGAGGAGGCGGGGUUUGAAUGUGAGCCUAUCACGUUGCUGCUGAUCCAGGAGCAGGGACCACAGUGGAUCCGCUUCAUCUUCCUGGCCAGGGUCACAGGAGGGACCAUGAAGAGUCUGUUGGCAGCAGAUCACGAGUCUCUUCAGGCGUCGUGGUGGGACCGCCGCUCCGUGCUGCCGCUGCGAGGACGAGACAUCCUCCGCCUCAUCGACUGCGGACUCAAGUACCGUCAGGAUCCCCGGCAUCCCGUCACGUUACCCGUGGACCUGAGUUGCCGCCACGUGCUGCAGAGACUCGUCCUGGUCUUCACCAACGCUGACGACCAGAUCUGGAUCCUGCUCGUCAAAGCCCCGGCGCUCCACCUCCCCACGGCAGCGGCGGUGAAGACCCACGCAGUGACCUGGGCGGCCAACAUGGUGGUGCAGGAGGCCAUGCCGUCGGCGUACUACGACCACGACGUCAACACGCUGGGCGUCCUCAGCCUGCAGCACAACGGCCGGCAGCACGGGAAGACGGACGGCGUCUGCUUCAACACACUGGUGGCCCUGGCGGCCGACCACGUUCGACGCAACGAGGACGGAGAGAAGGCGGAGUGGAUGCCGACGGGACGACCUCCGCCCGUGGAAAACCCUCGGUACGUGUGGGUGGAGGUCCGCAAACCAACGCUGAGAGAGAAGCUGCUGGAAAAGACCAAGAACACCUCCAUGCUCCCUCUUCACAGCCUGUACUGACCACAGGGGGCAGCACUGAGCUGCCUCUGGUCUCUUAUUGUGAAAAGAACAUAGCGACUGUUCGCUUGAAGAAAGGAGCUUUUAUUCUGAAAGAAGACUUGAGCAGUUGGACUGUGGAGAGUUCAAAUGUGAAGGAAGCAAUAAAAUACCAACAUGUUUGAUUUUAUAAUAAAGAUCCAGGAUCUAUUAGUGAAA